AUGGCAACUAGUAACGAAAAUAAUGACGCUGCAACAUCAGAAGUGGGAUCUGGCUCGCUACCUAAUACGUCAAUUGAUCCAUGGCGAGUGUUAAUGGAAGUACAAAAUAAAAAUUUUAUUGAACUUGUGAAAGCAUUGAAAUCAACGGCUUCCGGAACAAAGAAUAAUAAUGCAGUAGUUUUGCCGAAAUUUAACGCGGAUCUUGUAGGCGCCGACGCAUCGGCGUGGUGCGCUACAGUAAAUAUAAUUUUGGCAGAAAACAACAUAAAAGGCAGUGCGUUGGUGAUGGCUUUGAGUGCAGCAUUGGAAGGCAGUGCGUCGCAGUGGCUCUCACAAAUAUGUUAUCCUGAAAUAAAUUGGGCUGAUUUUAAGGAACUUUUUCUUCAGCGCUUUACCAGUGUUGAGACACCAGCAGCUAUGUUGUUAACAAUGUUAUCAACUUGCCCGACUGAAGGAGAAUGUCUCUCCAAUUAUGCUAGUCGCAUGGUGACGUCACUCAUCACCAAAUGGCGUGAGAUGGAUGUGGAGGAGAUUGCUGUUUCCGUGACGCUUGCUCAGCUGGCUCAUAUUGAUAGCAGAUUGCAACGUCUUACCUUUACAUCAAACGUGCGCACCAGGAGUGAACUACAGACAGAGCUAAAAGCUUUUACGUUCAACAAACGAAAGAAAUCCUCACAAGAAGAAACAGCGGCAUCCGACUCGAAACGACAGAAAUUUUCAACAAUAAAAUGUCAUUACUGUGGAAAGUUGGGUCACAAGAUGGUUGAAUGCAGAGCUAGACAGCAGCAAAAUCUUCCUCCCCGUGCUGCUGAGCGUAGCGGCAAGAGCGUGUUUGGUCACCAGCAGCAAUCAAAUUUAACCUGCUUCAAGUGUGGAGAGAUACGCAUCAGGUGA